AAAAAACAGCACCGUUAAAAAGGACUUGUCAGCGAGCGUAAACUGGGAAUUUCCCUAAACAUAGAUACGUUUGUUUUUCCCGACCGUUUUCAUGAAUCUUUGAAGGCAACAUUUUGUCGCUCGAAAAGCAGUUUCCACAGAGGCUAAUGCUAAUGCACAAAAGCUAACUCGCAACGUGAAAUUAGCCACAGUUUACUAACCAGAUAUAUGUUAAAGCUUUUUAUAAUUUAUAUCUUAAAGAAGAAGAGUGAUGUUUCGGUGUAAGACUGCCUGGUUUUCGAGUAGUGUGCCACAAGACCACCGCCACUUUUGGAUCCUGGAGGGUGGAGCCAUAACAGGCUGGAGGUCAGCAGAUUACCUGUUCAGUGCAGAGGCAACAAGUCCUGAUACACUAAAGGUAUUUGACAGCAGAGAUUACAUCCUGAACAAGGUGACAGUUUUCCACUGCUUGUUUCUGUCAGCCUGUGAGAAGCGUCAGAGUGUGAAAUCAGUCAGCAUUGGUCAUUACGUGUUGCCUCCAGCCUCAGUGCAGGAUGAGGUGAGGAGGGUAGUUGGGCGGUUUAUUUGGGAGCAUGAAGAUGAACAGGAAGCUGCACAGGAUGAGAGUUUAAUGAGCCUGUCAGAAGAUGACCUCAGAGAGGAUGAAGUGGACAGCAACAGCCCUGAACCACCUGUCGUAAAUCAGAAAGGGAAGCUGCCCUGUGUGAUUUUAUGAGAAAUCUACUGAGCACAUGGGGAGUGUCAGCAUGCAGAAAUAUCCUGGUGAUCUGUGUGAAGAACAUCUUUCAGAUUCUUAAAAUGCAGCAAUUUCCUCACACACUUGUGUAAACAAACAUCAAGAGGAAAAUACGUUCACAGAAAAAGGAAUGUAAUUUCAUGCUGUAGUUUUUGUUGUUGAUGUCAACCUGUUUCAUUUUUCAUUAUAAAAGUUUUUGAUUAGGAAAUCUGUUUUCUUUUUUCUUCAAAUGUUUGAAAUCAAAAUUGCAUAAAAAUAUUUUGGGGGAGUUUUGUGGUAGGAAGCAUAUGCUUAGAUCUUGGAUUGUCCUUUUGGUUUUACCUUAUUUAAAUGAACAUUUCCUGAAAAGUAAACAAUCUGAUAUGGAUUUAGCCUUUUCUGUUUUUGCUGUUACCCAAAAAAUAUUAAACCAACAUGCUGUGAUGUAAUUAGCAGCUUUUAUUUACUGACUGUAUUUAGCGGUAUGUAGCAGUUUUCUUUUUAACAAAUUAGUACGAUUGUACGUACUCUUGAAAUUUUGGUUUAAUUGAGAAACAGUGAAAAAAGAAAAGAAAAAUACACAACAUUGUCACUGGAAAUGAGUUAGUUGGUCCUUUGUUGCAGGCUGCAGGAGUGCAGGAACUGUUUUAGAGCUCCGGGAGGUGACGUCACACGAUCCCAUCAUGCACCACGGUGCUCCAUUUUGGCAGGAAUGUAUGUGAAUCAGUUGUACCCACCCAGUAGACUACAAGUAGUGUGAAUACAAUUUGAUUUGCAUUUAAAAUCAGUGUAAACACUACAUUAAUUUUUCAAUACAGAAGACUAAAAAAUAAACUGUUAAAGAAAUGUGAUAUUUGUACAGCUUCAGGAACAUUGAAGUUGUCCAUCAAAUAAACACUGUUGGACUAGCUGUUCUUUUGUGAUUUGAUUUUUCUACAGGUGGGACAAAUCCACUGUUUCAGAUUUAUUGGCCAAGUAAAAUUACAUUUACAAGGAAUUUGUCUUCGGUAGAUGUUCGCUCUCUAAAACAUACAACAACCACAAUAAAUGAGAAUAAAAAUACCUAAAAACACAUAA